AUGAGUAUCUCAAGUGACUCGGAGCACGAUGUUCCUCCACUCCAACAACCAAACGGAUCUGUCCGAUUAGAAGUCCCGACUAUCGGUUGCAUUCCAGUCCGUCCAUUUCUCAUCAUCCUCUCCAUUCUUGGAAUCGCCGGAUCCUUCUGGGCAUUCAUUGGUGUCAUGGUUCUGAAUGAAACUAUGUUCUCCUCCUAUCUAAAAUGUUUCAUCGGACUCUGCUUCCACACAGCAGUCCUUAUCGGGACAAUCAAUUAUUACGAUGACGUUUUGUACGUAUGUCAAAGGCUCACAUUGAUCUCAAUGAUUCUGAGCGUGUUCCUGGUUAUCGUAGUUUUGGCGUCAAAUUUGAAAAUCGAGCAAGUUAUUGAACUUCAACUGUUAAUUGCCUUUUCUAUAUUUGUUACUGCUUUGGAGUAUGUGUCAAUCGAACGACUGAGAAAGUACAUUGAAGCUCGGAGGGGAACCGGUGGAAAUGAAUCAUUGGCUUGA